AUGUCAAGGUUACGACCUGAGUAUCAACUAAAACUUCAAGAGACCUUUGAGGAUCAACGCGACCUUGUUAAAAUCUCAAUACUUUCAAGAAUUACAAAUACUUUGGAUAAGACAACGUUUCCAGUAGUCGAUGGCGUAAUUUAUAAAAUACUACAUCAACUUCAUCGACACCGAAGGGACGAAUUCAUCACAGAACAAAAACCGGCAAUAGUGGUGGACAAACAUAAAAGAAGGAAGCAUAAUAAUGGACGUGUAGAUUCU